AUUGCAUUCUGCAGCGACGGAGGCUGAGAUUUUGAGGGCUUUGAGAUCGGUGAGACGAGUUUAGCCGGCGAGGCUUAGUGUUAGUGACGGCGGGAUUAGGAUUUCGAAAAGAUCGAUGAAGUUGAGAUCGGUGUUUGACGCUUCGGUAAUCAAAUCGGAAUUUGAGUCAGCGGGAAUAAACCCUAAUUUCGUGAUUCCCAUCUGGAAAUAUGUAAUUCAGAACCCUGAUUGCGUUUGGGACGAGAUUCCUUCAUUGCCUUCAGCUGCUUACUCUCUUCUUCAUUCCAAGUUCAAGACUCUCACUUCGUCUCUUCACUCGCUCUUCCACUCCUCCGAUGGCACCACCUCCAAACUCCUCAUCAAGCUCCAGAAUGGAGCUUUUGUGGAAGCUGUGAUAAUGCGAUACGAUACCCGUUUGGGGUUGUGUGGAGGGAAACCACGUCCAGGAGGUGUAAGAUCUACAUUAUGCAUUUCAUCCCAGGUUGGUUGCAAAAUGGGUUGCACAUUCUGUGCAACUGGUAGCAUGGGAUUCAAAAGCAAUUUGACAUCUGGAGAAAUUGUGGAGCAGCUCGUUCACGCCUCUCGCCUUGCUGAUAUACGCAACAUCGUUUUCAUGGGAAUGGGAGAACCUUUAAAUAACUACAAUGCUGUUGUUGAAGCUGUCCGCGUCAUGUUAAAACAGCCUUUUCAGCUUUCACCCAAAAGAAUUACCAUAUCAACUGUUGGAGUUAUUCAUGCGAUUAACAAGCUUCACAAUGAUCUACCAGGUGUAAGUUUGGCGGUAUCACUUCAUGCACCAGUUCAAGAAAUUCGCUGUCAGAUCAUGCCAGCAGCUAGAGCCUUUCCUCUUCAAAAGCUUAUGGAUGCACUUCAAGCUUUCCAGAAAAACAGUCAUCAAAAGAUCUUCAUUGAGUACAUCAUGCUUGAUGGAGUAAAUGAUGAAGAGGAGAACGCUCAUCAACUCGGCGAAUUGCUAAAGACAUUUCAAGUGGUGAUAAAUUUGAUACCAUUUAACCCGAUUGGGUCCACAAGCCAGUUCGAAACCAGCACCAAACAAAGCGUCUCAAGUUUUCAGAAAAUCCUGAGGGAAACAUACAAAAUCAGAACCACAAUUCGCAAAGAAAUGGGUCAGGAUAUUAGCGGUGCUUGCGGUCAGCUAGUCGUGAACCAACCGGACAACAAAAGAACUCCCGGAACCGUGGAACCACUUAGAGACAUUGAAGACCUGCAUCUCUAACUCUAGGACCAGACACAUGAAACAGACAUCUGAAAUCUCUUUAAAAGACAAAGAUAUAUGGUUUGUAUUAUCUUCGAAGUCACUCUUCAAAACCCUUUUCUUAAACUUCACAUUUUGUCCGCAUUACUCGGUGGAAAACACUUGGCUCACUCUUAUAUGCAAGUAAGAAGAAAAAAGAGAUGGUCCUUAUAAACUUCAGCACAUGGAGAUGUAACU